CUUGAUAAGUUAAGCCUCUUACACUAAUGCACUCGUUGCUGAGCGAGCAAAGGGUGGCAGCCUCCUCAAUAAUAUACAGAGAUUUAAUCAGCAGUUGCGCAUGAUGAGGACUGCUAUUGUGAUCAAGCGGAAGUUAAAACAUUACAUAGAAUUAAAAUUAGUAUAGAGCGUUUGGGUGGCUCUUAGCACAGUAUGUCCAGAGACAUUGUGGGAACGUGGGACGUGUCGCUAAGCGAUGGGGUUUACCGAAUUGAGUUUGAACAUGGAUCUACAACAGGGAAACGGGUCAUUUACAUUAAUGGGAAGGAGGUGUUGAGGAGGGAUUGGAUGUUCAAACUGGUGGGCAAAGAAAUGUUCCCUGUUGGGAGCACAGAUACAAAAGCAACCAUAAGUAUUGAGGCAAUCACUGGGUUUUCCUAUGAAUACACACUGGAAAUCAAUGGAAAAAGUCUCCAAACAUUUUUGGACAACCGAUCAAAAAUUUCCAAAACAUGGGUGCUGAAACUGGGUGGUGCUGAUUACAGGAUAGUUCUAGAGAAAGACACUAUGGAUGUGUGGUGCAAUGGACAGAAAAUGGAGACUAUGCAACACCUGGCGAACUCAGCCGCGAUCAGAGCUGAGAUUCAGAGGUUCGAGUCCGUCCAUCCGAACAUCUACUCAAUAUACGAGCUGCUGGAGCGGGUGGAGGAUCCACUGCUGCAGAAUCAGAUCCGAGAGCAUGUCAUUGCCAUUGAAG